AUGGAUGGGAUCUGGGCUCUGGUUGUGUGGGCGGGAGUUGUGUUUUCGGCUGUGCCUGGUUCAACCCAAGACUCAUCCAGCCCAUUGUUUCUGAUCACAAGUCCAGAGGUGGUGCAUGCUGGGACACCCACUUCGCUGGCUAUCACUGUCCUUGCUGACUUCCCUGGCAGGGUGAUUGCUGAGAUAGCACACGGCAACUCCAAAGUUGCCAAAACAGAGGACUUCCAAGGAGGUUUGACCAGAGUCCUCACAGUCCCUGCUAUUCUUGGAUCUACAACUGCAAAUUCCCCCUUAAGCUUGACGGUGAGGGUCUACAGAGAGAACGAUCUCAUUUUUACCAACACCACCACCCUCAGCUUCAGCCCCAGGAACGUCUCUACCUUCAUUCAAACGGACAGAUCACACUACCAACCAGGCGACACCGUCAAAGUCAGAGUUGUGUCUGUACAGAUGGAUAACCAUCCGUACAAAGGCAGAGUGGAUAUCUCUGUACAGGAUCCCAGAGGGAACGUCGUCGACAGGUGGGAGUCCACGGGGAACCUGGGCAUUGUAUUGUGGGAAUUCAGUCUAUCCCAGACGAUCCCAAAUCCUCUUGGCCAGUGGGUGAUCACAACCACAAUGAAUGGCGUCACUGAUGCGAGAGCGUUCACUGUGGAGCAUUACGAGCAUUCUCACUUUGAAGUGCUGCUCAAGACACCUUCCCGGGUCCUCGUUGGAGAGGACAUAUCAGGAUCAGUGAGAGCACUGUACCCCAGUGGACGACCUGUACAAGGAACACUAACUGUCUCAGUCACUCUGGCGCCCGCUAUGCCCAAUACUGCAUCGCCAUUCGUGCAAACACAAACUAAAUCGAUCUACGGGUCAACACAGUUUUUCUUCAGCAACGAUCUGCUUCAAGGAAUUGGCAGCAGCGUGCACGUUGCCGUCUGUGUUACUGACAACUCCACAAGAUCUAAAGUGAACAAAACUGUUGAAGUCCGACGCAUGAGGAACACAUUCCAGCUUGCGUUCCAUGAUUCGCCACCGACACUGAAGCCGCCUCUACUCUUCGUCACACAACUGAGGAUCUCUAGAUAUGACGGAAUGCCACUCAGCGCUCGGGAUCUGACUCAGUCUGCUGCGAUUGAAGUCACUCAGAGAACAUCCACGGUGAACGCUGAACCUACAACUCUGACACUCCGAGUGCCGGAGGACGGGAACAUCCACAUUCAGUUAGAGUUACAGGAUCAAGUAGGGAUGCUUUUUAUUCGGGCAAGAUUCCAAUCCAGUGAGGAGACUCUGACGGUGUACAACAAUCACAUUUCUCCCAGCGGCUCCUAUAUUCAGAUCUCCCCAAUCGACACCUUACCGGCACAGAUUCGAUUGCCUCUUCAGAUAGCUGUGAAGAGCACAUUUCAACCAACUGAGCUGCACUUUGUGGUGAGCUCUGGAGGUCAAGUGGUGGCUGCCGGGACAAAGACUUCCUCCUCUUUUUCUCUGACCCCAACAGUGUCCUGGUCCCCUGAGGCCUGCGUCACUGUCUACUGCAUCCUCUCUGACGGAGAGGUCACCAUGGACACGGCGCACAUCCCCAUCAACCAACACAACUAUGGGUCUCUGAGCUGGAGCACCGACAAAGCUCAGCCAGGUGAACAGGUGUCUCUCACCGUGACGGCUCUCGAACCGAGAUCCCAGCUGGGAAUCGUGGUGAUGGGGGCGCAUGGUGACGCUCCGCGGGCUGACCUCGACUUAAAAGUGGAGCAGGAAUGUAAUAUUAGGAUGCUGACCAAUGCCAGACUGUAUCAGAAAAACAAGCCCGAUGGACCCACAAAUGACGGAGAUGACCUAAUGGUAGAGAAGUACUGGAGCCAUUGGAUGGAUGCCACUGAAUCCUUGCUGUGGUUCGACACUAGUGUCAGUAUUCAAACGUGGAUAAGUGAGAAAAUAACAGUGCCAGAUGGCGUUAUGUCUUUGAGAGCUUUUGCACUGGUGAUGUCAGACAACCUGGGUCUGGGCUUCACUCCGGUGCCACAAAAGCUCACCGUGUCCAAAGAUUUUUCCUUGUCUCUGGAUGUCCCAUCGUACCUCAUCAGAGGAGAGGAGAUUGUGCUGGAGGUGAACAUCAUCAACCAUUUAGAGCAUGACGUAGAGGUAAUCGUGCUGCUAGCACAGAGUGAGGCCUUUGAGUUUGUUUUGGCAGACAGAGGGGAUGCCUCGGUGGUAAAUGCCCGAAAACUCACCAUGGGGAGUCAUGCGGCUGCUUCAGCACUGUUCCCUAUAAGGCCCGCGGGUCUGGGCGAGAUGGAAAUAUCUGUGGAUGCCGUAUCCGCGGAGGCCUCAGACAGCCUUCUUUGGAGAGUGCUUGUGAAGCCUGAGGGAGUUGAACAGUCCUUCUCGAAGACUCUGUUCCUGGAGAUGGCCCCGUUGAAAUACAACAGUUCCAGAUCCAUCUCCUUCUCCUUUCCACCAGAUGUGGUAGCGGGCAGUCAGAGGGCCUAUGUGGCAGUGGUUGGUGAUAUCUUGGCCUUGUCCAUCAGAAAUUUGGAUUCGCUGGUUCAGUUGCCCGUUGGCUGCGGGGAGCAGAACAUGAUCCACUUUGCUCCAAGUAUUUAUGUAAUCCAGUACCUGGACAGUUCAGUUGAGGGCAAUAAAGAGAUCAGGAGCAGGGCUCUGGGCUACAUGAUGGAAGGAUAUCAAAGACAACUGUCCUACCAACGAGAUGAUGGCUCAUUCAGCGCUUUCGGAGCCAGCGACACCUCUGGCAGCACAUGGUUGACAGCCUUCGUGCUGAGGUGCUUCCUCCAGGCUCAGUCCUACAUGCAGGUAGACCAGAGUGUCCUGACCAGAGCCAUGACUUGGCUCUUGAGCCACCAGGGGCCCCAGGGUGAGUUCAGAGAGGUGGGCAGGUUGAUCUCCACGGAAAUACAUGGAGGACUGGAUGGUGGGUCAGUGGGACUCACUGCCUAUGUACUGAUGGCACUGCUGGAGGACGACAGCUACGUGGACAAGUACCCAGGGAAUGUGUCCCUGGCUCAGAGGUACCUGGAGAGCAAAGUGUCCAGUGGAGCGGUGGUCAGUAACUACAGCCUGUGUCUGGUGGCCUACGCUUUAGCUCUGACCAAUAGUCCUGUGGCGGAAACUGCCCUAGAUGAGCUCAGCAGGAGAGCUGACUACAGAGAUGGAGUCAGGAUGUGGGGAUCCUCGGCUGGCCUGGAGUCACAUGACUGGCAGACGCGCUCAGCACAGAUCGAGAUGGCCUCUUAUGUGCUGCUGGCUCUUUAUUGGCGCGGCAGCUUGGUGGAGGCCAUUGAAAUCUUGAAAUGGUUAAGCGAGCAAAGAAACCAUUUAGGAGGCUACGGGACCACACAGGACACAGUGGUUGCCCUCCAGGCUCUGGCUGUUUACGCUGCCUUCAGCGGUGCCAACGCCAUCAAACUCCGACUCAACAUAUCCGCCCCGGCGUCUUCAUUCGUGUCACUUUUUACCAUCAACUCCACCAACUAUCUGACGUAUAUGCGCCAAGAGAUCAAUUCUGACAAAGAUCUGAACUUAAAUAUAUACAUGGAGGGAAGAGGAUUUGCAAUAUUGCAGAUGAAUAUCUUUUACAACUUGGAGACCAAAGCUUUUUCACAGAACCUGCAGCACACCAAAGACGAGGAGGCUUUCUCAUUAAGUGUUGAUGUUACUGAGGAAAUAGACAACAGUCACAUGCUGUUAACUAUAUGCACGGGGUUAAAGGACAAUCAGGUGAUAUCUCAUACGGGCAUGGUUAUACUGGACGUGGGCAUGCUCAGUGGUUUCAGUCUCUCUCCUGGAGCAGCUGGCCUUACUGAUCUUAUCAGAAAUGUGGAUAUACUUCCUGAGAAAGUCAGCCUCUACCUAGAUUCACUGAACAAGUCAGAGGUUUGCAUCAGACUUCCAGUUAUCAGAGAUUACAAAGUGGCUCGCGUACAGGAUGCUGUGGUGCGGGCUUACGACUACUAUGAACCCACGAGAAAGGCAACACGAACAUACAACUCCGACUUCCUGCACAACAUGAAUCUGUGCUCCUUCUGUGGUGAGAACUGUGAUCGCUGUCGGCCUGGAGUCACCAUCACCGUGAACUCCCCUCAGUCGUCUCGCUCUGUAGGCAGCGCCACCUGCAGCUUCAUCGGCCUAUUUCUUGGAGCCACUGCUUCUUUUAUUGUCGUCUAAUUGGAAUGAAUUAUAGCUAAGAUACAAUCAGACAUAAUUAUAU